AUGAGUCAGAAAGAGAGUGAUAUGUUAUCGCAGGAUGAGACGAACAAAGAUGAAACUGCGAGUGGUAUUGAGGGUGAUGAUGAUGCAAGUGAUGAGGACGAAACAGAAUACUCGGGGAUAGAGAGGAGUAGUGGUCGUAUGACUACCGUCCAAGAGAGAAACGCUAACAUUGAAGAUGAUAGGUUUUUUGAUGAAAUUGUUGAUGAUGAUGACGAUGAUGAUGGGAUAGCGAGGAAUAUCGAAGAUCAUAAUGAAGUCAAUGUUGUUGACAGGGAUAUUGUUGAUACCGAAGGUGGAAUUGAUAAUGCAGAGAAUAAAGGUACAAAUAUACCACAUGGUGGGAUAUCUGGUGAUGUGCACGGUAUUGUUGACGAUGAACAAGAUCAUGCAACGGAACCAGCUGACUCGAUUGUUUCGCGGGAGUUUGAAGGAGACGGAGUAGAUCGCUAUGAGAGUAUUUCGAUAUCAGACAAAGAUGAACGUUUGAACUCAUCUGAAGACAUAUCAAACUACGAUGAAAAUAAUCGAGGAAAUAAUGAAUAG